AUGGCGAGCCUGUGUGUGUCUGUGUGUGUGUUUCUGUGCGCGUGUGUGUAUGUGUGUGCGCGCACGCGCGCGGCUUAUCUUUGGUUAGGUUUUGAAGAAGGACAUUUGGUUCUUCAAAAAUAUAUAUAUAUUUUUUUUUUAAUUCGGUGUUUCAAAAUUGGCUUGUUGGUGAGUGGAGACGCCGUUGUUCAUCUUUACUGCAACAGCUUCCCUGCUCGUCCUCGUGCACCUCUAAAUUCGCCCUCCUAUUCCUGUCCUCCCCUCUUCCCCAUCCCUGCCUAGCGCCUGCCUCCUUGCUCUCAUUCUUCCCCAAGCUGGACCAGUCUGUGCUGAUGCGCUUGCAAGGUCACUGCCUGGGGAGGAGGGGGAGGGGAGAGAGCCUCCUGUCGUUGCUCACGUCAGCGAAGAUGUCAUAUCACUCUCUGGUUCCUGUGGCUUUACUAUUAACAUCCUGCCCCAAACGGGGGACAGAUCCAAGGAGCUGGUCCGUGUGACCGUUUGUAAGCUGAAAAGACACAGAUAAUUUCAAGCUCUGUGGAUGCAGUGGAUGGUAACUGUGUAGAACUUCAGCAGACUUGGCUUUUCAGAUAACAUCAGAAUUCGUCCUGCAAACGUUGACUCCACGCCUGGUGCCUUGAAGUUUCUCUGAGAUGAACUGAUGAAUUGGAGCCAUGGUGCAAAAGAAGAAGUCCUGUCCUCGGUUACUUGACUACCUGGUGAUCGUAGGGGCCAGGCACCCGAGCAGUGACAGUGUGGCCCAGACUCCGGAACUGCUACGGCGGUACCCGCUAGAGGACCACGCGGAGUUUCCCCUGCCCCCAGAUGUCGUGUUCUUCUGCCAGCCGGAGGGCUGCCUGAGCGUGCGGCAGCGGCGCAUGACCCUGCGGGAUGACACCUCUUUUGUCUUCACCCUCACGGACAAGGACACUGGCGUCACCCGAUACGGCAUCUGCGUCAACUUCUACCGCUCCUUCCAAAAGCGCGUGCCUAAGGAAAAGGGGGAGGCCGGGCCAGGGUCCAGGGGGAAGGAAGGGCCCCGAGCCCCCUGCGUCUCAGAGGAGGUGGGUCCCAAGACCUCGGAGAGCGGCCCAUCCCUGCAGCCGCCCAGUGCCGACUCCACCCCGGACGUGAGCCAGUCUCCGCGGGCCAGACGUCGGGCCAAGGCGGGGAGCCGGUCUCGCAACAGCACGCUGACAUCCCUGUGCGUGCUCAGCCACUACCCCUUCUUCUCCACCUUCCGCGAGUGUCUGUACACCCUCAAGCGUCUGGUGGACUGCUGCAGCGAGCGCCUGCUGGGCAAGAAACUGGGCCUCCCUCGAGGCAUACAGAGGGACACCGUGUGGCGCAUCUUUACUGGAUCGUUGUUAGUGGAGGAGAAGUCAAGCGCCCUGCUGCAUGACCUCCGGGAGAUUGAGGCCUGGAUCUACCGGUUGCUGCGCUCCCCAGUACCUGUCUCGGGGCAGAAGCGAGUGGACAUUGAGGUCCUGCCCCAGGAACUCCAGCAGGCUCUGACCUUUGCUCUCCCAGACCCCUCUCGAUUCACCCUAGUGGACUUCCCGCUGCACCUCCCCCUGGAGCUUCUGGGUGUGGACGCCUGUCUACAGGUGCUCACCUGCAUCCUGUUAGAGCACAAGGUUGUGCUCCAGUCCCGAGACUACAAUGCACUCUCCAUGUCCGUGAUGGCCUUUGUGGCGAUGAUCUACCCCUUGGAGUAUAUGUUUCCUGUUAUCCCGCUGCUGCCCACCUGCAUGGCGUCGGCAGAACAGCUGCUCUUGGCUCCAACACCAUACAUCAUCGGGGUCCCUGCCAGCUUCUUCCUCUACAAACUGGACUUCAAAAUGCCUGAUGACGUGUGGCUAGUAGAUCUGGACAGCAAUAGGGUGCUUGCCCCCACUAAUGCGGAAGUGCUGCCUAUCCUGCCGGAGCCGGAAUCGUUAGAGUUGAAGAAGCAUUUGAAGCAGGCCCUCGCCAGCAUGAGUCUCAACACCCAACCCAUCCUCAAUCUGGAGAAAUUCCACGAGGGCCAGGAGAUCCCCCUUCUCCUGGGAAGGCCUUCUAAUGACCUGCAGUCCACACCUUCCACCGAGUUCAACCCGCUCAUCUACGGCAAUGAUGUGGAUUCGGUGGAUGUUGCAACCAGAGUGGCCAUGGUCCGUUUCUUCAACUCCCCCAACGUGCUGCAGGGCUUUCAGAUGCACACACGUACCCUACGUCUCUUCCCCCGGCCCGUGGUGGCUUUCCAAGCCGGCUCCUUUCUAGCCUCACGCCCCCGGCAGACUCCUUUCGCCGAGAAACUGGCCAGGACUCAGGCCGUGGAAUACUUUGGAGAAUGGAUCCUGAACCCCACCAACUACGCCUUCCAGCGGAUUCACAACAACAUGUUCGAUCCAGCUCUGAUUGGCGACAAGCCCAAGUGGUAUGCCCACCAGCUGCAGCCCAUUCACUAUCGAGUGUAUGACAGCGGUUCCCAGCUGGCCGAGGCGCUGAGCCUGCCGCCCGAGCGAGACUCGGACUCGGACCCAACCGACGACAGCGGGAGUGACAGCAUGGAUUAUGACGAUUCAAGCUCUUCUUACUCUUCCCUUGGUGACUUUGUCAGCGAGAUGAUGAAAUGCGAUAUCAACGGUGAUACUCCUAACAUAUCCUCCUUGGUUUUGGCAGACGUGGACCCUCUGACACACGCAGCACUGGGAGAUGCCAGCGAGGUGGCGAUUGAUGAGCUGCAGAACCAGAAGGAGGCAGAGGAACCCGGCCUGGAUGGCGAGAACUCCCAGGAAAACCCGCCCCUGCGCUCCAGCUCCAGCACCACCGCGAGCAGUAGCCCCAGCACCAUCAUCCACGGUGCCAGCUCUGAACCUGUCGACUCAGCGGAGACGGACGAUAAGGCGGCAGGAGGCGUCCCCAAGUCCCUCCCCACCGUGCCUCCCAGCAUGGGCAAGUGCAGCGUGGACAGACAUCAGACAGAAACCGGAGAGGGGUCAGUGCGCCGGCAAACCUCUGACAGUCCGUGCCUCCAGCCCCAGUAUGGCUUUCCCCCUGAGGAAGACGAUGAGCAGGGCGAAAGUUACACCCCCCGAUUCAGCCAGCAUGUCAGUGGCCAUCGGGCUCAAAAGCUGCUGCGGCCCAACAGCUUGAAACUGGCAAGUGACUCAGACGCAGAGUCGGACUCUCGAGCGAGCUCGCCCACCUCCACUGUCUCCAACAACAGCACGGAGGGCUUCGGGGGCAUCAUGUCUUUCGCCAGCAGCCUGUAUCGGAACCACAGCACCAGCUUCAGCCUUUCGAACCUCACGCUGCCCACCAAAGGAGCCCGAGAGAAGAGCACGCCCUUCCCCAGUCUGAAAGUAUUUGGGCUAAAUACUCUAAUGGAGAUUGUUACUGAAGCCGGCCCCGGGAGUGGUGAAGGGCACAGGCGGGCCUUGGUGGACCAGAAGUCGUCCGUCAUUAAACACAGCCCGACCGUGAAGAGAGAGCCCCCAUCACCCCAGGGCCGAGCCAGCAACUCUAGUGAGAACCAGCAGUUCCUGAAGGAGGUGGUGCACAGCGUGCUGGACGGCCAGGGCGUCGGCUGGCUCAACAUGAAGAAGGUGCGGCGGCUGCUGGAGAGCGAGCAGCUGCGCGUCUUCGUCCUGAGCAAGCUGAACCGCACGGUGCAGUCCGAGGAUGAGGCCCGGCAGGACGUCAUCCCCGACGUGGAGGUCAGCCGGAAGGUGUACAAGGGCAUGUUGGAUCUGCUCAAGUGCACGGUCCUCAGUCUGGAGCAGUCCUUCGCCCACGCCGGCCUGGGUGGCAUGGCCAGCAUCUUCGGGCUUCUGGAGAUCGCCCAGACCCACUACUACAGUAAAGAACCAGACAAGCGGAAGAGAAGUCCCACGGAGAGCAUCAGUACACCAGUCGGCAAGGAUCCUGGCCUGGCUGGGCGGGGGGACCCAAAGGCCAUGGCACAGCUGAGGGUCCCCCAGCUGGGACCUCUGGCACCAAGUGCCCCAGGAAAGAGUCCCAAGGAACUGGACACCAGAAGUCUAAAGGAAGAGAACUUUGUGGCAUCUAUCGGGCCUGAAGUAAUCAAACCCACCUUUGACCUUGGUGAGACCGACGAGAAAAAGUCCCAGGUCAGCGCAGACAGUGGUGUGAGCCUGACAUCUGGUUCCCAGAGGACCGAUCCAGACUCUGUCAUCGGUGUGAGUCCCACUGUGAUGAUCCGAAGCUCAAGUCAGGACUCUGAAGUUAGCACCGUGGUAGGGGAACACCACGCUGGCACCUUGGUGAGCAACAGCUCCGGAGAGACCCUGGGAGCAGACAGCGACCUCAGCAGCAGUGCGGGCGAUGGCCCAGGCGGCGAGGGCAGCGCCCACUUGGCAGGCUCUCGGGGCACCUUGUCUGACAGCGAGAUCGAGACCAACUCUGCCACCAGUGCCAUCUUUGGUAAAGCCCAUAGCUUGAAGCCAAGUGUGAAGGAGAAGCUGGUGGGCAGCCCAGUUCGCUCUUCUGAAGACGUCAGCCAGCGAGUCUACCUCUACGAGGGACUCCUAGGAAGGGACAAAGGAUCGAUGUGGGACCAGUUAGAGGACGCUGCUAUGGAGACCUUUUCUAUAAGCAAAGAGCGUUCUACUUUAUGGGACCAAAUGCAGUUCUGGGAAGACGCGUUCCUAGAUGCCGUGAUGUUGGAGAGAGAAGGAAUGGGCAUGGACCAGGGUCCCCAGGAAAUGAUAGACAGGUACCUGUCCCUGGGAGAACACGACCGGAAGCGCCUGGAGGACGAUGAAGACCGUCUGCUGGCCACACUCUUGCACAACCUCAUCUCGUACAUGCUGCUGAUGAAGGUAAAUAAGAAUGACAUCCGGAAGAAGGUGAGGCGCCUGAUGGGAAAGUCCCAUAUUGGGCUUGUGUACAGUCAGCAAAUCAAUGAAGUCCUUGACCAGCUGGCUAACCUGAAUGGACGAGAUCUCUCCGUCCGGUCCAGUGGCAGCCGGCACAUGAAGAAGCAGACAUUCGUGGUACAUGCAGGGACAGACACGAAUGGAGAUAUCUUUUUCAUGGAGGUGUGUGACGACUGCGUGGUGCUGCGCAGUAACAUCGGGACGGUGUACGAGCGCUGGUGGUACGAGAAACUCAUCAACAUGACCUACUGCCCCAAGACCAAGGUGCUGUGUUUGUGGCGCAGAAAUGGCUCCGAGACCCAGCUCAACAAGUUCUACACUAAGAAGUGUCGGGAGCUGUACUACUGCGUGAAGGACAGCAUGGAGCGCGCCGCCGCCCGCCAGCAGAGCAUCAAGCCGGGGCCGGAACUGGGUGGCGAGUUCCCCGUGCAGGACAUGAAGACUGGCGAGGGGGGCUUGCUGCAGGUCACCCUCGAAGGGAUCAACCUCAAGUUCAUGCACAACCAGGAGCGGAAGGUUUUCAUAGAGCUGAAUCACAUUAAAAAGUGCAAUACAGUCCGAGGCGUCUUUGUCCUGGAGGAAUUUGCAGGUAAAGUGACCUCGCCGCGCUGCCUCCCCAGGCCCUGCCCGCCGCCUCGGCCCGGGUGGGCGGGCUCCCUUCACCCAGGCCAGCCUCUCCCAUCGCCAACCUUCCCUAACCUUCCCUCCACCCUCUUCCUUCCCCACGUCCUCCACUGCGCUGGCUCACCAGUUCUGUACGCCUUCCUCUCUUCUGCCAGAGAGAUGUUUCGGGGGGCGGGGGUGUCCUCUGGCUCAGGAGAAGGACCUGGGCUCCUUGUUCUACCUUGGACAAGUGUAUUUACUCCCUGUUAACCCUGGGCCCCAAACUCCCCUCCCAGGGUCAGGAGGAGGAGGGGCCCUCUGGGGCGUGACGCCCCCCACUUCUGGUCUCGGGGCUGGGACAGGGCUGAGGCCAGGAGACCCGCUUCCCUGCUCUGGCUGCGCGGCAGCCCCGCAGGGCUGGGGCCAGGGGUCUCAGUCUUGGCCCCUGGGCCGUGGACCUGUGUGUAUCUUGCCUGACGCUCCCUGUCACUUACCCCGGGUGCCGUCCUCGCCUGUUUCUUCUGCUCGGUGUGUCUGCUCCAGGGCCCUCUGACGCUCUCCCUCACACGGGCAGGCCUGGGCCUCUCCUGCCAUCAGGGAAGGAAACUCCCGAGUCUGGUGGGUUUAGUGUCCCGCCCCCGCUUCAUCCCGCCUCAGGAGCCUCCGUGUCUGGGCUGGGAGCACAGGGCAUCUGCUGCCUUGACCGGAGGGUGGGGCUGGGCAGGGGGCUAAGCGCUCGGGGGUCCCAGCAAGGCGAGGCACAGGCUAGGAAACUGCUCUUCUUCUGGCCGAAAGCUGGGCGCACCCGCCGUGGUCCUCGGGGGCCAGGACUGGAGUGGCGGCCAGCGGGGCAGAGCCCAGCCUGCGCUCGGCUGGGGCGUUGCCCGCGGGUCGAGCCGCAGCCGUAGAGCCAGGGGCCACUGCGGACCUCAGGGCGUCUGGGCCGGUGUCCCCUCGCAGGGGCUGGGUGAGGCCCAGAGGGGAAGGGGGCCCUGUGCCGGGCGCCGCCGCCUGGGGGAGCGUGGCGCCAUUGCUCUGACGUGUUGAACUCUCUUGUUUUGUCUCUUGCCCGUCCGG